AUGGCAGAGAAGGAAGGAGCUAGGAAAGCACGGCAUUAUAUUCUGGGUAUAGAUUUAGGAACGACCACAGUGAAAGUGGCUUUGCUUGAUUCAGAGAAUGGGGAAGUGGUUAAAUUACUGUCACGGCCGACGAAGGCUUCGGUGGCGAGCGAGAUAGGUGUAGAGGGGCGGGAGCAAGACCCGCAGAAAAUUCUGACAGCUUUGCAGUUUUGUGUGUCUGGUUUGCCUAAAGAAGACCAGAUAAAUGUCAAGUGUAUUGGAGUGUCGGGACAAAUGCACGGAGUUGUCUUCUGGAAACAUGGACAAGCCUGGCACCAAAACUCUUUCGGCAGAUACGAAACUCACUGCUCCGGGAAAAUCAGCCACCUGAUAACGUGGGAAGACGAGCGCUGUUCGGCAGAGUUCUUAGGAAGUUUACCGAAGCCCGACUCACAUCUGCGCCUGUCUUCAGGCCACGGCUGCUCCAGCAUUUUCUGGCUGAAGCGUAAUCGGCCGGGCUUCCUUAAGGACUACGACUGUGCUGGGACAAUUCAGGACUUCGUGGUGGCGAUGUUAUGUGGACUGUCCCGGCCAGUUAUGUCACCGCAAAACGCUGCUAGCUGGGGAUAUUUCAACACAGAGACGAACCAGUGGAACAAAAACAUUUUGGAAGCAGCUGACUUUCCAGUGUCCUUGUUACCGGAGGUUCAGAAAACUGGAAACAAAAGUGGGCAGCUUGAGUCAGCAUGGUACAGUCUGUCCCCGCUUACCCCUGUCCUUGUUGCCCUGGGAGAUCUACACUCUUCUGUGGAGUGUUUCCCAUACUUUGAUGGCAGGUACGUGGCGGUAGCUGCCAGUCUGACAGGUGGCAAUGUCAUGGCUGCCUUUAUUACCAUGCUGAAACAAUGGACACACGAAUUUGGGCAUGGAGUUCCAGAAAGCAAGAUUUGGGAGCGAGUGUUAGCCCUGGGUAAGGAUUGCCACAAGACAGACCUUGUUAUCACCCCCACCCUUCACGGCGAGCGACACAAACCCGAGGAGAGGGCGUCCGUACAUGGGAUCACAGCAGCCAAUCUCUCCCUGGGCAGUGUGUACAGAGCACUGUGUAAAGGCAUUGUGAACAAUUUACACAGCAUGUUAACCACAGAUUUCCUCAAGGCCCACGGAGUCCAAAGAAUUAUAGGCACUGGGACUGCACUAACGAGGAAUGAAGUUUUAAAACAGGAGGUGGAAGCAUCUUAUGGACUGCCCAUUGUUUAUGGCAAUGGCAAUGAUGCAGCUGUGGGCGUUGCCAUGGCAGCCAGGAGAGCCAGCAGGAAGGAAAAAGAAACUUAACUCCGCAUGCUGGCUGGAUUAUAAUAGACAAUCAGAUUCCCCAUAAAUAUUUAACCCAUUUGGAGUAGAAUCCGUGCCUGAUUGCUCAGAGCUGAUCCCGGCAUGGUAGCCAUUGUUUUUGUUGCUAUGGUAACCAUAUGUCUGUUAAGAAGAAGUGUGACUGGUAAAAAGUUUGUGAUAAAUUGUUGUUAGUUAUCUUUAAAUGAUGAGAUAUCAAACGAGAUAAAGCUCAACGUUUCAGGCAUCAGUAUAAUUGCUUCCUGGGAGAAUAGGGUUUCUAUGGGAUUGAUUCCGUGGCUUUGGCAUUGAAUCUUUGCAGUAAACAUGUCAGAUUUUGUUAUUUACCACUGAAACCAAUCAAUCCAUUUUGGUAUUUUAAAACAAGGGUGACAGUUUCUGAGGAGUUAAGUAACAGAAGGUAAAUAUUGUAUGCCCACUUCAAUCGGUACAUCAAAGGAAGAAAGUUAAUAGUGCGUUUGUCUAGUUGUGAAUUUGACAUAACAAUUAACACACCGAUCAUUGUCAGAGAUCGUUGAUGCCAAUUCAUUCAGUACAUCAAAGGAAGAAAGUUAAUAGUGCGUUUGUCAUGUUGUGAAUUUGACGUAACAACAGACUGAUCAUUUUCAGAGAUUGUCGUUGCUACAUGUUGAUUCCUUCUGGUCGUUUCAGAUCUAUACUUCCAUUCAUUUUCCUAUUAAUCAGUCUAAUGUGUACAGCUGUUGUAACUGUCAUGUCUUUUAAGAGAAAAUCCAUGAAGUUUUGUUGAGAUUGUCUUUUAAAGCUCCAUGGACACAGCCAUGUUCACUUGCAUAAAGGAUGGGAUGAAGGAUUUAUUGACAGUGGGUUUACACUUUUUAAACUCAGAUUUACAAAGUACAGCUGCAUGUACCUGACAAGUAUUAAAAAAAUUCUCAUAGUGCCUUCCUCUUCACUCAGAUUUUCUCUACUUCCAAGAUGCAUUCACAUUCCCAGAGUGCGGUACCUUAGGUCAGGACAGGUGUGCAACAAAUCAAGCAUGGACUGACUAUGGGUGACAUGAGGAUUUGAACUCACACCACCUGUUAGCACAAGCAAUGUGGAUAACUCUCCCAUUUCACUUCAGUCAGCAGUUGACUUCAUACACCCAGAGCUAUACACUGUUUUAAUAAACCUGUCAGCCACAGCUCUGAGCACCAGAGAGAUUUCAACUCUGAUCUUCCUAUCCCAACCUCACCACUAUUUCUGAUGACCAUCUGUUCAUGAAUUAACUCAAAAACAAGUUAAUUGACUCAUUCUGUCAUGUUUCAAUUGAAACUUACAGAAUCGUACAUUUUUAGGUCGAAAACGUCUGAUUUUGUCACACUUCAGGAGGAGAUAGGGCCACCAUCUUGGAUUUAGGAUUUUGAUUCCAAUAUAUUUCUCCACUCAUUAAAACAAAGUCUGGUCCCUUGAACCUGUUUUAUAACUAGGUACCCUAUGUGAAUGGAAGAAAAAAGACCUGAAUUUGACAGAGAAAUGAAAUUUUAUCAAAAUUUGUCGCAAAAUAUGACAAAAGAAACGUUGUUAAAGUUUUAAACAAUUAUCCCAGUUCCAUAGAAGCUUGGCACAUUUGUAAUAAAGGAGGAUUAGAAGAAUAACUUGGCAUGUGAUUGGCCAAUAAUGUGUCCUAUGGCAUGGCAGUCAUGGUGGGAGUCAUUUUUUUCAGUGCAAUGGCUGUAGCAGCAUAACCUACAUUUAGCAUAGUGGUCAUUCAUGCUCAUGUGAUCCAUACAUGUAUACGUGUAACUUACCAUUAUCAUUUAUUGGAUUAGAUUUUGUUUUUAUAUGAAUUUUUACUUUUUGACUUCUCCGGCCGUUAGUGGGAGAGCCCGCAGCAACCUGCGGAUGGUCAUGUGUUUCUCUCGUUUCCUCGCACCAUAAUGCUCACUGCUGUCGUAUAAGUGAAAUAUUCUUGAGUACGGCGUAAAACACCAAUCAAGUAAAUAAAUAUAUUUUUUACUUUUUCCGUGUACCAAAUAUCCCAAGCAAAUGGUUGAUUGUGGACUUGUGGGACAUCAUGUCAGGUGUCAGUAUACUGGACUUGUGGGACAUCAUGUCUGGUGUCAGUGUAUUGGACUUGUGGGACAUCAUAUCUGGUGUCAGUGGACUGGACUUGUGGGACAUCAUGUGUGGUGUCAGUGUAGUGAACUCGUGAGGUAUCAUGU